GACAAGUGCAGCAAGACCUUCAAUCAAAGCUUCGCGCUCACCGAGCACCGGCGCACCCACACUGGGGAGAAGCCGUAUGUCUGUGGGGACUGCGGUGAGCGCUUCACCCACAAGUCCAGCCUCAGGUAUCACAGAUGGACCCACAACGCAGAGAAGGCCUUUGCCUGUACUGACUGUGGGAAGAGUUUCACCUCGAAAUACCACCUCACCCAGCAUUGCCGCAUCCACACCGGGGAGAAGCCCUAUGCCUGUACUGACUGCGGGAAGCGUUUCGUCUGGAAAUGCAACCUCACUGAGCACCGCCGCAUCCACACUGGUGAGAAGCCCUUUGUCUGUGACAAGUGUAGCAAGAGCUUCAGUCGCGUCUCUUCUCUCACUGAUCACCUCCGCAUCCACACUGGGGAGAAGCCGUACCCCAUUGCCAGUGACAAGUGCAGCAAGAGCUUCAUUCACAGCUCCACGCUCACCCAGCACCAGCGCACCCACGGUGGGGAGAAGCCGUAUGUCUGUGGGGACUGCGGUGAGCGCUUCACCCAGAAGUCCAGCCUCACGUAUCACAUACGGACCCACACCGGCGAGAAGCCCUUCGCCUGUACGGACUGUGGGAAGAGUUUCCCUGCGAAAUCCCACCUCACGGUGCAUCGCCGCACCCACACUGGGGAGAAGCCGUAUGUCUGUGGGGACUGCGGUGAGAAGUUCACCAAAAAGAGCGCCCUCAAGUAUCACAUGAGCACCCACACCGGGGUGAAGCCCUUCGCCUGUACGGACUGUGGGAAGAGUUUCCCUGCGAAAUCCCACCUCACGGUGCAUCGCCGCACCCACACUGGGGAGAAGCCGUACGUCUGUGGGGACUGCGGUGAGCGCUUCAGCAACAAGUCUGGCUUCAUCUGUCACCUACGGACCCACACUGGGGAGAAGCCCUUUGCCUGUGACAUCUGCAGCAAGAGCUUCGCCCGGAAGACCUACCUCACGGCGCACGUGCGCACCCACACUGGGGAGAGACCCUACGUCUGUGACCUCUGCAGCAAGAGCUUCACUCUUAAGACCCACCUCACCGUGCACCGCCGCAUCCACACUGGGGAGAGGCCGUACGUCUGUGGGGAUUGUGGUGAGAGGUUCAUCAGGAAGGAAGAUCUCACCCGGCACAGUCUGACCCACACUGGUAGGAAGCCCGUUGCCUGA